AUGAUGCUUUUUAGGAGGGGGUUUCAAACAAGCGUUAAAACCUGUGCGAGGACGAGAUAUACGAAGCCUAAGCCGAAGCCGCAGCCAAGAGAACGAGUUAACCUUCCUAGCCAGCGGACACACCAUGAUAACGAUCUGAGGAUCACUGCACCUGUUCCUCCUACUGUUGAAAAUAUUAAGUGCCCGGAUGAUCAUCCGUUGUGGCAGUUUUUUGCUGAUAGGAAGUUCAUGAGAACAGCGGAAGAGUUAGACUCUAGCUCGAGGCCAUGGAGCAUACCGGAACUCAGAAGAAAAUCGUUUGAGGAUCUGCAUUCUCUGUGGUAUACGUGUCUGAAGGAAAGGAACAUUUUGGCUAGGGAGAACCAUCUUUUGAAGAACUCCGUGGAGGGACAUCAGGGCCAAUACGAGGAGCUGUCUGAAAAGAUUAGAACAACGAUGUGGAGGAUCAGACAUGUGUUGAGCGAACGCGAUUGGGCAUUUAGAAUCGCCAGGGAGGAAUUUGCCACGGAAAAGGAAGCGUUUAUGGCUGAAUUUGAGAGGGAGUUUCUAGAAGCCCCGGAGGAAGAGGACGAGGAGGCUUUCGAGAAACUCCAAAGAUUUCAGAAAGCUGUGUUUGGCAUCAGUGAAUUUAUUGACGAGAACAGAGUGGAUCGUGCCUUCGUUGAUGGGCUUAAAUUUGUGGCGAACCUGAAAUUGAAGAAAUUCGCAGCUAGAGACGACUCAGUCAAGAGCUUUCUGGAGGAGACGCCUUCGCAAGCUAUUGUUGAUGCAGGUGAAGCAUUUGUGCUUUUCACGGCGGAAAACAACUUGAACGAAAUGAAGGAAGCCUGCUCGGCCGUUCGUGGCCUAAGAGAGGAGGGCAACAGUGUAUCCAGGUAUGUGGAGUUGGACACUGUCUCCAAGUAUGUUAAGCAGCUGGCACAAGCCCAGGCAGCUAAGGAAUCUACUAGAUCAUGA